UGGCGUUUAGAUCAGCUGGAUUUUGUAUAGAGUGAGUGCUUGAGAUGCUCCUCGUUAGGAAAAAGUACACCAGAAUACCGUCUGCGUGAGUGAAUACUUGAAAGAAGAAGAAGAAGAAAAAGAAGAAAAUUGAAGAAAAAGAGUGAAAUAAUGGCACCAGACAGGCCGGAUACAACAAAUAUGGAAACUGCCGUUGGUUUGACAGUCACGCACGUCCUUGACUGUGGAGAAGCUAUUUAUUCAGUGAGAGACGAAGACAUUGCGACUGAAGGCAGCUCCAUUGACGAGUUGAACGAGGGAAGUCCACGAAGUGAUAAAUCCAUGAAAAGCAAUCAGUCCGAUGAUGAUUUGACAUCUCUUACUUGGCUUCAUCAGCAAAAUCUCCUCAAGAGUCUCGAAAUUUCUAAAUCUUCCAAGAGCGCAAAAGAAGAAAAUGUCCUCAACAACAAUAUUUGCGAUGAUCUCUCGGAGAAUACAAACUCUGUUUCCAGUCUUGAUGAAAGCUAUUCAACAGAGAGCAACGGCAAGAGUCCGAAUUCAGUGCAGAGUCAAUCGGCAGGAGGGAGAAAUCAUAAGGUAUCACAAAUUUUCCAGGAGAAAAUAUUCUUUGACGGUGUUCCAAGUAAUCACUCGAAGAUCUCGUUGAGCAACAACAAUCUUCCAGUCUCGAAUCGCAUGAAGCAUCCAACUCAUAUACCUUAUGAUCCUCAAUUGCACAAAAAUAGUAAACCACCCUAUUCAUUUUCGUGUCUCAUCUUCAUGGCGAUCGAGGACAGUCCAGUGAAAGCCCUGCCAGUUAAGGAAGUCUACGCUUGGAUUCUCGAUCAUUUCCCGUAUUUCAGAAACGCUCCGACCGGCUGGAAGAACUCGGUUCGACACAAUUUGAGUCUGAACAAGUGCUUUCGAAAAGUGGAAAAGGCCUCAAAUUUGGGAAAGGGUUCGUUGUGGAUGGUGGACGCGCAGUACCGUCCGAAUUUGAUACAGGCGCUGUCUCGCGCCCCCUUUCCUCCGCCGACUGCUCAAAAUAUUUCGUCGCCCGAGAAAGUGUCGAGGAAAAGUGUGAGCACUCGACUUCCCGAUCCCGUUCUCUUCCCCUAUCUCUCAAAAAGACUCGCGUCAAGCAAUAUUUGCGACACACACGAGAACGAGAUCGACAGUGAUGUUGACGCGGCGGCGGCUGCGAUGCUUUCUUUCAAGCACGGACCUAUUAUUUUAAAUCACAAUAAAGAUCGGAAGAGAAAGUUUCCGGACCAGGAAAAGCUCGUUCCGGUAAUCACAAGGAGCUCUAGCGAGGAUCAUACAUACAGUUGCAUUACUUCUAUCAAACUCGAGAGCAAAAGAUGUUCAACCACAGAAUCUUCAGGAGCGGAUUUUGACGAGCAGAGAAAAAUUGCCGAAGGUGCGGACGCACUGUUGAAUUUGGCUGGAGUCAGCAGCACAGUAUUGAAUCAAAAUCGAGCGCACCACUCUCAAAAUUACAGUGGAGGAUCAAAAACGGAAGGAGGAGCGCCCAAGGCGAAGAGGAGAUCCACCAGCAACAACGACUAUUCAAACAGUGACAAGCGACGUCGACGCUGGAGAGAGUGGGGCGAGGGCAACCGUUACCUCAAACAGGUCAAGGGGUAAUAUAUCAUGUCAAUUCGUGGCAGCGCCAAAAACUUCUCCCUCUUUUUCCCCCCUUCAUUACUUUUUCAAUCGUCAAAAUCUUACCCUAAUUUUCGAAAACAUAGGAAAAACAAGAUCUGCCUAAAAUAGUUGCUUAAAAAGAGAGAGAGAAUUUUUUUCUCCGUUGUCCAAAAUCCCUUUUUAAAAAAAAAAUUGUCCCACGUGAGGAAAACAUUUUACAUCUCACAACCGCACUUUAAUUCCGAAAAAUCGUUAAAAACUUCGGUAUUGGCGGUUGCUCAGGGUUUAAAACUCGCUAAAUGCCAAAAUGAAAAAAAGAAUAAAUAAUGAAACAAACAAACAACCGUAGCACUAAACUUGAAGCAAUAUUAGAGUAUAAAGAAAAAAAAAUCAGUAAAAGAUUAAUUACUUGUAUAUCAAUAUAUAUAUAAAUAA